AUGAAGUUUGUUUCAUUUGCUAAGACAGAACCAGCCAGCAUGACAACAAUUUUUGAGGAUUCAAAGUCAGGUCGAGGUAUGAGCACAAUGCCUCGUGUUGUGAAGAGAAAAUUUCAGAAAAUCAAGCCAGUUGUUGAGUACAAUAAAAGGGGGAAAGGAUGUAGCCCUGCACAUACUGAGAUGCAGUCCUACAUUGGUGUGUUGGCACGCUCCAGAGUCCCACUUGUGGACAAGAAAUGGGCUGAAAUCCCCAAGGAUAUAAAGGAGCAGAUUUGGGAAGCCAUUGACAUGGCUUUUGUGGUAGGUCAAGGGGGCAAGAACCUGGUGUUAUCUUAUGCUGCCAAGAAAUGGAAGGAUUUCAUGUCUACACUAACGAGGCAUUAUAUCCUUCCAUACAUCAAGGAGAGGGAGAAAUUAAGCCAACCCCCUGAACUACAUAAAUUCAUAGAGAAAGCAGAAUGGGAUGCCUUUGUAGGUUCAAGGUUAUCCCAAGAAUUUGUGUUUGUGCAUUCUCAACAUUCAAAGAUUAGGGAGAAACUUGAGUACAAUCAUCGAUUGUCUCGAAAAGGAUAUUCUGGUUUGGAGGAUCAAUUGUAG